GAUAUAAAACACCGAAUUGUAAAAAGUGUUAUUCAGCUAAAGGUUAGGGAUAGAUUUGUAAGCGGAACAAAAUAAAGCAAACGUCAUUUCCGGUGUCCAGUCCCCGCCUCCCAGACAGAGCGCGGAUAUUUGAAAAUAACGACUGAUCCCCAGUAGGAGCAGCAGGAGGACGUACAUCACAAAGAUUAACGCCCGCACAUUAAACAUAUUGUGAACAUCAUGGCAUCCAUUACUGAUCCAAACAUGGCUGACAGGUUCACCAGUGCGAUGGAAGAGAUGCACAACAAACAGAGUAAAACAUUUGGGGAGAUGGUUGAAAUGACUACAGAGUUGUGCCAGUCCCACAGGCAGUUUGUGAAGUCUGCACUUGAUACGUGUUUAAAAAAAUGUAAGGACGAUGAGAUGCUGUUUGAGACGAUACAAACAUACAAAAGAGAACUGGUACAAAAAAGUGCAUCAUUGAAAGAGAAAAAGCGUGCAAUUUCUGAAAUGGUAUCUGAGAUUCAGCAGAAGGAGAUGCAGAAAGAUGACAUCAUCCAGAAGAUAGAGAAACUUAAAGAAGAGCAAACCAAGAGAAAAGAGAUAAUUGUGUCUCAAAACAAAGCAAACAAAGACAGAUUGAGGAAUCUCCAGAAAGCCAGAGUGGUCUUUCAGGAUCAUUUGGGGUUGGAGAUGCGAUUGGUUAGAGGUGAAAAGCUGCAGCUUGUUUUCCGGAAUAUCAACCCUUCAGAUCAGGACAGUGCCUAUGUUGUCACAAUGGGGAUUAAAGAUGGAUCAUACCAGAUCAUGUCGAGCGACCCUGUGCUCGAGUGUUUGUCAGUCUUGGAAAGCCGGCUCCAGGAGACCAAUAACCUACCAGCAUUCCUUGCAAACAUCCGGAAGGAGUUUAUCUCUCAGGCACGCCGCUAAGAUUGGAGGAAUGGGAGGAUAAAAUACCAUGCAGUGAAGUUCUCGCUGCAAUGUGGACUAAUGUAGGCGAGGCUUUAAGUCUCUACAGUACAGGUCUGUAAACAAAAAACUAUUGCCUUGUCCAGACUAAUGGAUGGAUGUGGAUUUUAUACAUGUUUCUGUGAUGUUGAUGAGUAACGAAGCUAUUUUAAUAAAUCUGUAUUGCUUACUACAUAAA